GACAUAAACCGUUUAGAAGCAGCUAACGAAAAUUCGUUAUUACCACUGUGGAUGCCAAAAUAGACGCCAUAAGUACUUGUAGUAUUAAUCAAGUGAUCAUUACAGUUUUGCAAAAAGUAUUAAACAGUUCUAUUUAAUAAUAUAUAAUUAUUACGAAUAGUUGCGAUUAAAAAUGGCAUUGUGUAGCAUUUGUUUAUCGUCAAUAACAUCUGGUCAAAUAGAUGCUACCGAGUGUGGACAUGUUUUUCACCACCAAUGUCUUCAUACCUGGUAUGACAAAAACCAGAACCAUACUACUUGUCCUAGUUGUCGGCACAAAAUUUAUUGGUCUUCUAUAAAGCGUCUUCAUCUAGAUUUUGGCGAGGACAUGACACCAAAUAAUUCGAUAGUAGAAGAUCUGCAUCAAAAUGUAAUCAGCAUGAGCGCCAGGUUGAAAGACAUAGAGCAAAAAUUAGCAUCUACUGAAAAGAAUUAUAAUACGUCGUUGAAAACAAUGAAAAUAUAUCAAGAGCAUGUAACUAAAUUGAAUCAAGAGAACGCCGAAUUGAAAGCUACCACUAAAUUGUUAAAAGAACAACUAACCCAGCAAAGUGCAAUCAGCAUGAGCGCCAAGCUAAGAGAAGUCGAGCAAAAAUUAACAUCUACCGAAAAAAAGGUUCAUACAUUGUUGAAAACAAAGGAAGUAUAUCAAGAGCGUGCAGCCAAAUCGAAACAAGAGAUCAUUGAAUUGAAAGCUACCAUUAAAAAUUUGAAUAAACAACUAACUCAGGAAAUUAAACAUCGAAAAUUUUAUGAAAAUGAAUGUCUUGCAUUAACAGCGCAAGUAAAUGAAUUAGAAAAUGAUUGGUAGAGUUUAUUGAAUUUAAUUUUUUAAAAUGGUACAAAAAUAUUUUUAAUAUAUUAAACAAAAUAAUUAGACUCAUUUUUUACUUUUAUCAGUAAUUUUAUUUUUAUAAACUGAAUUAUGUAAUUUUUUAAAUGUAUUUUAUUCUAUUAUAAUUGGCUGGAACCAAUGCUUAUUUAACU